UAGUUUCAUUUUUUUCUGGGUUUCGGUACUCAUGUGGGUUCAGUAAAUAAAAAUGUUUAUAAGUCCCCAUCUGGCCGCGUCAAAAAUACUAGAUAACAAUUAGUGGUUGGCAUAGAAAAGUAAUGAUUGUUGCCGCGUAGAAUGAAAAUAAUAAAUUAAUUAAGAACAGUGAAGCAAUAAAUGUUUUUAUUGGUGUCUUGAAUAGUACUAGUCUUCUUAAAUAUUUCAGCAAAAAAAAAAAAGAUUCUAUCCAUUAUCAAGGAAAAAAAAAUCUGAAUUCGAAUUCGAGGAAGAAGAAAGGAUAUGACUAUGGGGAAUUUCUUAAAGAGAUUUGGAAGUGGAAAAAGCAGAAGCAGAAGCAGUAGAAGUAUGAGUCUGGGAACAACGUCGUCUCAAUCUCAUGAACCAUCUCCGUCGGCGGAUCCUCCAGUCUCCCUUGCCGAUAAGAUCAACGCCGCCAAGAAGAAGUACGCUCUCAUCCCUGACCGCUUCUCUUCCCUCGACCAGGUAUCAAAAGCUCUAAGAGAAGCUGGUCUUGAAUCAUCCAAUCUCAUUCUCGGAGUUGAUUUCACAAAGAGCAACGAGUGGACUGGGAAAACUUCUUUCGAUGGAAAAUGUCUGCACGCGCUCGGCGAAACUCCGAAUCCAUAUGAAAAGGCGAUUUUUGUAAUCGGCCAAACGUUGGCUCCUUUCGACGAAGAUAAUCUCAUCCCUUGUUUCGGCUUUGGCGAUUCAACAACUCACGACGAGGAAGUGUUCGCUUUCCAUAGCGACAAUUCUCCAUGUCAUGGCUUCGAAGAGGUCUUAGCAUGUUACAGGAGAAUUGCACCCAACUUACGUCUAUCAGGGCCAACGUCGUAUGGACCGCUCAUCGAUGCUGCGGUUGACAUUGUCGAGAAGAACAACGGACAAUUCCAUGUUCUGGUGAUCGUCGCAGAUGGACAGGUAACGAGAGGUACGGAUAUGGCCGAGGGAGAACUCAGUCAACAAGAGAAAACAACCAUCGACGCGAUUGUAAAUGCAAGCUCGUAUGCUUUGUCGAUUGUUUUAGUCGGUGUUGGAGACGGGCCAUGGGAAGACAUGAGGAAGUUUGAUGACAAGAUCCCUAAGCGUGAAUUCGACAACUUUCAGUUUGUGAAUUUCACAGAGAUUAUGACCAGAAACUCACCAGAGUCUGCCAAAGAAACUGCCUUUGCUCUUGCUGCUCUAAUGGAGAUUCCCUUUCAGUAUCAAGCAGCCAUCGAACUCCGCUUACUCGGGAAACAGACGGGCACAGCUAAGACAAUAGUUCCGAGGCCACCACCAACUCCGUACACGCCUCCAACUAAUGCUGAACUACCAUCAACUGCAUCACCUGAACAAACCCAGAGUUGCCCGAUUUGUCUGACUAACCGAAAAGACGUGGCUUUCAGCUGUGGCCACAUGACUUGUGGAGAUUGCGGUUCCAAAAUAUCAAAUUGCCCGAUCUGCCGAGUACGGAUCACGAGCCGGCUUAGGCUUUACACGUGAUCAAUGCCCACAAAACUUUUUCCUGACCACGGCUUUACACGUGAUCAAUGCCGACAUGCCGACAAACUUUAUUUCUGCACAUAACAAAACGCUUGCAUAUACUAUCCUUCUCCUUUGUAGAAUCUACAGUUUGGUUUGCCAAGUGUUUCUGACAAUGUUCCACAAUCAGUAUGUACCAUGUAAUUCCGUAUCUACUAUAAAACAUUAACUUUGCAAACAAGAAUGAAGAAGCAAUGACAAAACAUGGGUUUUACAGUUUUA